CUUCAAUAAUAUUUGUAUUAUAACAUUCUCCGAUAUGUGUAACAGAAAGUUGUAGAGAACAUUAUCCAAAACACAUCAAUCCUCACACAGAAACCAAAUUACUCCUCCACAAGAAAUGCGAAAACAUGUGAAUCUUCUUAGUUUUAUCCCGUCAACCGGUUGAAAGAAAAUACGUGCAUGGGUUCAGCUAGAGAAAUAAAAGAUUACUCAGAGAUUCUGGAUUCUAUAUUAUAGUUUCAGAAUUUUUCCAUGGUUGCAGCUGAAGAGAUUGUGGCAUGAUACUUGACCUUCACCUUUUUGUGUGAAAAGGAAAAUCUGAAAAUCCUAAGGAAAUUGCAUUGAGGAUGUCUUAAGGAUAAGGGUAAUUUAUCAUCCAAUCACACUGGUUCUGAGUUAAGUGCAAUGGAAGAGACAAUGGAAUCUGAGAAAGCUGAAGCUUACCCAGACUCAGUUAGUGUGAGGAGAAGGAAAUUGACCGGUCGUGCUUUCAAGUCUCUACUUAAAAGAAAAUUCAAUGAUGACAAUGUGCAAGAUAUGAAUGUUUUAGAAUAUUCACGGGCAUGUUCAGUUGCUAGAGAAAUAUCCAACAUUUCUGAAAGGGCACAAUCAAAUUGCACUGUUGUAACAUUGCAGGGUCUACUCAACAAUCUUCUGAGUGUGAAAAUUGCAGUCUUCUUGGCACCUGUGCUAUAUGCUCUAAAGAAAAAAGAUCACAUCCGUGCUUCCUUCCUUGAUGGGCUUGAGUUUCUGAAAAAAAUAAGCUAUAAUUCACGAGAAAAAGAGCUUUGCACUUGCUAUGAUACAGCCCAUAAAGACCUGUACUGCUCCUCCAAUUGUAAGGAUGGCGUUGAUCAAGGAGCUGUUGUUACCUUAAAGUCUGCUGAAAGGUGUCAAUGUGGUAAUCCAUUGAAAAAGAUACAUUCUGAUCUUCAAAAGAAAGAUUAUGGAACUGUGUGUGCCAUGUGCAGCAAUGACGGCGAGCUCCUGUGUUGUGAGGGAAAAGAUUGCAAGAGACGCUAUCAUCUCUGUUGUGUAGGUGUUUGGCUGCCUGAUGAUUUGCCAGGUGUAAGGCACUGUCCCAAGUGUAUCAUUAAGAAGCUUGAACACGGUGUCUACUCUGUCUCGGAAGGAAUUGAGUCUAUUUGGGGUGUUAGAGAAGUGGAUGUGUCAAAUACUAAAGAAACCAAACAGAGGCAGUAUCUUGUCAAGUAUCAAGGUCUCGCUCACAUUUACAACCAUUGGGUGCCAGAGGAACAACUGUUACUCGAAAACCAAUCCCUUCUUUCUACUUUUAUUACAGAAGAUAAGACGAUGAGUUGGAAUUUGGAUUGGACAGUGCCACAUCGCUUAUUAUGGAAAAGACCCAUUCGGAGUAAGAUGCAUGCACCAUCUUCUGCAGAUAUUCCUGAAAGCUACGAGUGGCUUGUAAAAUGGCGUGGCCUUGAUUAUGACCAUGCUACUUGGGAGCUAGAUUCAUCGUAUUUUUUAAAUUGUUCUUUUGGUCAGUGCCUCAUGAAAGAAUAUGAAAAUCGCCUUGGGAAGGCAAAGAGUGAAGUUGAUCAGUCUCAGAAGGGAUCUUUCGUCAAACUACUGGAGCUUCCGGAUAAUAGGUCGAGUGUGAAUGAUAAUUUUGUAUUGGAAAAUGUGAACAAAAUGCGCGAGAGCUGGUACAACUGUCGGAACACUGUUGUUUUCGAUGAUAAGGCGAGUUUUGAUCGAGUAAAGACUCUGGUUUUCUUUAUUAAAUCCUUGCUUGAACACUGUCAUCCUUUCCUCAUAGUUGCGACCUCUGACUCAUCAUCUCAAUGGGAGGCUGAGUUUGCACGACUUGCACCAUCUGUUAGUGUUGUUGUUUAUAAUGGAAAUAUAGACACCAGGAAGGCGAUUAGAGCAUCUGAAUUUUAUGAAGAAGGAGGCCGUGUAAUGCUCCAAGUACUUGUGUGUUCCCCGGAAGCUGUUGUCGAGGAUUUAGAAAUGUUGAGUUGCAUAAGAUGGCACUCUAUUAUAAUUGAUGAAUACGGGCACUCUAGGAUAUCAACUGAUCUUGAACAAAUUAAGAUUCUCACUACAGACAUUUGGAUACUUCUGCUUAGCAGUGAAAUAGUGGAUACAACAUCCGAAUAUCUGCAUAUUUUGUCACUGCUCGAUUCUGAACACGAAUAUAAUAAGCUGAGGGGCUUGAGAUCUCGCAAUAAUAAGAAUCUUGCUAAAUUGAAAGAGAGGCUAUCUCGUUUCAUUGCAUAUGGAAAUACUUCAAAAUUAUCCAAGUUCCUUGAGUACUGGGUUCCUGUUCAUUUAUCAAGCCAUCAGGUUGAGCAGUAUUGUUCUACACUUGUUUCCAACUCUAUGCUUCUUCGCGCUUCUUCAAGAAAUGACAAAGUUGGAGCCUUCAAGGAUAUUCUUCUUACAGUUAAAAAGUGUUGUGAUCACCCUUACCUUGUUAGCUCAUCUAUACAAGAACAGAUGAUUGCUGAGGGACAUUCUGCAGAUACGAUUCUGGAUGUAGGGAUAAAAGCAAGUGGUAAACUACAGCUUCUUGAUAUGAUGCUUGCACAGGUCAAGGCUCAAGAGUUAAAAGCACUUAUACUCUUUCAGUCAGUUGGACUGGGAAAGUCUUCAACUGGAUAUAUUCUGAACGAUUUUCUGGCCGAAAAAUUCAGCCAAACCUCGUAUGAGUGCAUUUUUGCCGGUGUUUCUUCGAGCUCAAAGAAAGCAGCGGUGAAUCGGUUCAACAAGAAAGAAAACGGGAAGUUCAUUUUAUUACUAGAAAACCGUGCUUGUUGUUCAGCUAUUAAACUUGCAUCCUUGGAUUUGGUUGUCUUAUAUAACAGUGACUGGAAUCCUGCGAAUGAUUAUAAAGCACUGCAGAAGAUAUCCAUUGACUUAGACGUCAGCCAGAUCAAAGUUUUUCGGUUGUACUCAUCCUGUACGGUUGAAGAAAGAGCUCUUGUCCUAGCAAAGAAAAAUCUGAAAGAUCUUGACAAUGAUCAAACCGUAAGCCGUACUAAUGGCGACUCUCUGCUCAUGUGGGGUGCUUCAUAUCUGUUAAGGAAAUUAGAUGAUUAUCAUGCUGAAAGGACUUCUAGUUCGAAUGAUAUAUCCGGCCAGUCUCUUUUAGACGAGAUUGCUGAGGAGUUCCAGUCCAUACUUUCUGGUUGCGGUGAAAUAAGUCAAAGGACUCCUGUAAUAUCAAAAGUAAAGUUGGAUGUUUCAAGUUAUAGUGCAAAUGGCUCGCUGCUUGGUGAGGCGAAAGUUGAGCUAAAAGAUGAAGAGCCUCAUGUUUUUUGGACAACUCUUUUGGGUAAAAUUACACCUCAGCAGAAGCAUAUACUAGGUCAUUGCCAGAGGAGUCGAAAGAGAGUUCAUCACUUGGAGAAUGAUAAUACAGGAAAUAAACGUGGAAAUGAAUCAGUUGCAGAUGUAUGUCGAGCUUCGACUCCAGUUAGAACACAUGAACAACCGGUUAUUCAAGUUGGAGGUCCAGAGGGAGAUAGUCGAGAUGACAUGGCUGGUCGAAGCCCUUUCAGUCCUUUGGCUGACAGAUGUGGAGCUGAAGAAAGAAAUUCGCUAGUUGAUGAGCAGAAGAGCAUCCAUGAUCUUCUAUUAGAAGAAACGAAAAAACUAUGUCAAAUUCUUAAACUUCCGGGAGAUGUAAAUCAUACUUUAAGACGAUUUUUAGAGUAUAUUAUCUCGAAUGACUCGAAUGACCAUAUCUGGGGAGACUCACCAGAAAGUAUGCAGGCUUUCCAAGUAUCCCUGUUACGGGUUGUCGCAUCAAUCUCAAAGCAAGAAGUAAACAUGACCGAUUCCAUAAAUCUAGCAAAAACGUUGUUAAAUUACCAGUGCACAGAAGAACAAGUAUACUCGGUUUAUGCAAAGAUGCUUCACCUCAAGUGGAUGUACCUUCAGUGUAUGAACUUAAACGACGGCCACUUGUUAGCUGGAGAGGGACCCAAUGACGGGAAAUCCAGCAUCAGUAAAGGGAUCUCAUCCUCUUCACCCAUCGUGUUGCAAGAUGUGAAAAUGGAGACUGAAGAGUUUUCUACUCACGAAGAACAUCGUGAAGGUCAAUCCCUUUCACAGCAAAAACUAAUCGAUGUUGUCAAUGAAAUACACAGGAGAUGCAACAAGCGGAUGAGAAAGCUUGUUCAGAAGCAAAAGCUGGAGGCUAUAGAGCUCCUCCACAAUCGGGAGGUGAAGAGAUUAAAAUUGGAGACUGAUCACCAGAUGGCAUUGGCGCUCAUUAAUUCUAUAUACGCUGAAGGUUCGGAAAGAACGGUCAAGCUCAAGGUGUUGGACCGUAAAUACGCAAAGGAAAUGGAAGAAAAUAAGCUUGUUGAAGACAUGCAGUUAAAAGAUCUUGAGGCAAGGCAGUUAUCUACCCGGGUUCAGGAGAGAGAGAAGGCGGCUCACUGGAUAUUGAGUGUGAAAGCCAACUGCUCUAGUAAAUUAGGCAUGUCCAGUACUCUUAGGACACCAGCUGAAGCAGUAGAAGCUAAUGCUAAUCAACCAAAGCUUAUUGGGAAAGUUAUUUGUGCGGACCUUCUUACCUCUGAACAAAAACUUCUGGAUGAAACCGCGCCAGCUGAGCUAAAUAAACAGGUUCAAUCAAAGGUGCCUGAAAAUGGACUCUGUGGGGUUGUGGAUAAUGUUAACUCUGAAAAACAAACUAAAGACAAAGGCUCUGGUGUCUCACCUUCGGCAGCACAAAUGUUGGAACCUUUAGUUGUACAGGAAGCUAGUUUGAAUCUUUGUGACUUGCUGUCACCGCAGGUGCUAGAAGAUCAAAGCCGUAGAAGUUUGUUUGUGGAAUUGCAAGACCAAGUUCCACGGGCAGCAGAAGAUAAAAAUACUUCACAAUUUGAAGUUGACCCAGUCGAAAAUAUAAAUUCAGCACAAGCCAUCGAGAACUCUGUGCAGCCAACCAAUGUGUCAACUAAUGUAGCGUCCAGCACAAGGCAGUCAACGGCUGUUGAAAUAGAAAAUCAAAGCUAUGUCUCUGAAGAAAACUCUUCUCGAAUGACCAAGGGUGCAGAGACUGAAAUACUUCCGCACGAGUCUUCUCGUACUGGACAGAUUUUGGAAAAGAACUUCCAAGAAGCAAUUUCGAAGUUGGAAACUGAUCGUGAAAAGGAGAUGCAAGAAGUUACUGGUCAAGUGCACAGAAAAUACAAGUUGAAACUUGUCGAUGCUGAAUUAAAGUAUUUUUUGAGAAAGAAUGUACUUGAUGGUAAAAAGACUGCAGCUGUCAUGAAUCAGAAACUGCCUACAGCUUUAAGCCCCGAGUAUCCCCAGUCUUCUCGACUCCCUGGAAUUCAGAGAGGUUUCGGCAACCUUCACCUGGAAACAGUUGGAUUAGUUGCCUUUAAUCAUGGCCUGGAGCCAAUAUUCAGUUUCUGA